AUGGACCGCGCGAAUGGACCUGGCGCGGCCGCCACCCGGGCGGAACGGUUCGAAGAUGAGAAGCGCCGUAUCAUCGAAACAUGCUUCAACAAAACGGACGUGGACGGAUCGCUGCUCGAGACGUACAUCACUCACAUUCGCAUCACCGAAUACUCUACCCAUCCCUCGACACCACCGCCUCCCCACGCACGAACGCCCGAAGCCGAGAAGCCGCGGGUGAUCAUCGUCGCCGUCCGGAAGUCGGGCCGCGUCCGCAUGCACAAGUCGAAGGAGAAUCCCUCCGGCAGCUUCUCCAUCGGCAAAUCCUGGAACCUCGACGACCUCACCCGCAUCGACUCCUACACCGGUCCGCAGGUGAGUCCGGAUAACCGGGCAUGGGGCGCCGACACGGGCUUUCUCGUCACCCUCGGGAAGCCGUACUACUGGCAGUCCCAGACGGAAAAGGAAAAAAAGUUCUUCAUCGCAAGCUUGAUCAAGAUCUAUGGCAAAUACACGGGUGGCCACGUGCCCGAGCUCAUCGGCUUCGAUCAGAAGGAGCUCGAUCAAGUGCUCGGCGCCGGGAGGCGACAGGCCUCCCGGCCUCCCAUGCCCGAGCCGACGGCCAGUCGGCAGAGCGCCUCCUCGGCCGCAUCGGCUCCUCCCCCCAUGACCAUCCCCCCACCUUCGACGAGCUUGCCCGAGCCGCCGCGACCGCCGAUGCAGCACGCGAACACGGCGGACCCCGUCUCCGGAAGCUUCGAAUCCUCCAUGUCCAGGGUCCCACCACCGACUUCGCGAUGGAAGACCGACAGGAACAGGAGCCAGGACUCGGCCGUCGCCCGUAGCGACGAUGGUUCCAGCUUACCACCUCGCUCCCGCAACGGCCCGACCGGCCCCAGCGCCUUGGCUCGACUGGGGGAGCUGGGGGGGUCGAGGGAGCCGUCCGAACCGGCAGCCGAACCGACCCCUCCCUCCCUCCUGCCGUCGGAUUCUAGGCUCCCGCCCGAGAGGAGAAGACCGCCGAUGGAUCCGUCACGUCCCCAGGACCGUGACUUGGUGCCCCCUCCGCUCAUGAGCCCGACGAAGAAACGGGACGGCUCGGCGCCGCCGCGGAGGAGCACCGAUCGAUCGUCGUCGCAGCGAGAGGACGCCGCCGCCGGCCAGCAGCCCAUCCUCGUGUCCUUGUCCACGUCAUACCCGAGAACGAGAACGAGCUCUGAGUCUCCGAUGGCGGCCAUGUCGACCACGAACGCGACCGACACUCCCGACACGGUCGAGACUCCUUCCGCCGCCGACCUUCCGGACGAAGAAUCGCGCCCGGGCCUCGGACCGAUGAUCAAGUCCAAGAAGUCCAAGUCCGAUGUUGCCGGCGCCUUCUGGAAGGCGGCCUCCACCGCCGCCGCGUUCCGUCCACGCCCCGGCGGCGCCGGGGACCGCCUGCGUCAGGCGGCUCAGACGAUUCAAAAGUCUACCGAAGGCCCCGAUGGCAUCACAGGCGUGGUCCCCGCGCCGCCUAGGCCGGUCUCUCGGGGCCCGGCGGAAGCGGCCACCCCGGCGGAGCUGAACACGAACCCGCUGGAAGCGAAGCUCGCGGCAUCGUCCGCCCAGCGGCCCGACAGCGUCGAGGCGCCUCCCGCCGUGAGGAAGCCGGAGAAGGCUCGCAAGGAGGAGGGGCGUAAGGAGGAGGCCCCCAAGGAAGAAGCCCCCAAGGACGAUCCCCGCAAGGACGAUCCUCGCCGGUCCGUCGUCGUGGGGAACGACGCCAAGUACCUCCAGUCCCUCGGCGUCGACCCGACCAUUCUCGACGGCAGAAGCGAGGAGUUUGGCAAGUGGCUCGACUACUUCGGCUGGGUGCCCGGGGAGCGGAUGCGCCUGCAGACGGUCGACGGCAUCAAGAUGGAUCUCGACCGCGAGCUCAACAAGGCCCAGGCAGGCGGCUGGCUCGCUCGCUUCAAGGAGGAGGACGAGCGGGUAGAUGCCAUCAAGCUCGGCGUCGACAUCGCCAUGGCGGAGUGCGAGGAGAUGGAUAAUCUCCUGACCCUCUACUCGGUCGAACUUUCGACGCUCUCGGACGACAUCGCCUACAUUGAAGCCCAGGGGCAGGGUCUCCAGGUACAGGCGGCGAACCAAAAGCUGCUGAAGAAGGAGCUCGAAUCUCUCCUCGACACGUGCGCCAUCACGUCGACCGAUCUCGAGGCGCUGCGGGUGGCGCCGCUCGAGAGCGUGCGAGGGCUCGAGGACGUCGAGGCCGCGCUUGUGACGCUGUUCAAGGCCAUGUCCAAGAUGGACCCGACGCUAGGGGCCGACGCGAUGCCCGUCGUCGACGCGACGACCGACUCGGAUCGAACGACGGGACUCAACAACUACUACGGUCAGAUGAGAAUCGUGCAGGAGAAGAAGGAGAUGUACCUGCAGGAGAACGCCAUAUUCAUGCGACGGCUCGUCGAGUUCAUGGCCCGUCAGUUCGACGCCGCCUUCGCCGAGACGAGGCGCUCUCUCGAGGCCGCUCUGGCGAAGAAAGUGGACACGUCUCACUACGAUGCCGGACGGGACCUGCUGUGGAAGUACAGCCCGCUGAUGCUCUACGCCCGAGACGCCGACCUGGACAACUGGAACCGGCUCAUGCAGAUCUACCAGGACAUGAGCCAUUCCCUCUACAAGGGUCAGUUUCCGCACAUCGUCGCCCUCUGGCGGCAGAACGCGCGGAAGAUGACGGGCGAGGAAGCCGAGCUGCUCUUCUCGUCGCACGUCGAGAAGCAGCCGGACGGCGUGGCCUCGACGGCGCGGAAGCUGACGGUCAAGAAGAGCCACACGCUGGCUCGGGCGCUGCGUUCGGACGGCGGCAGUCGAACCAUCGUGGACAAGUCGAGCGCGGACUCGAGGAGCUUCCCUUGCGAGAUCUUCUCGGGCGUCAUCGAAGACCUGCUGCCGCUGGCCGAGAUGGAGCAAAACUUCAUCAUCGAUUUCUUCCACGCCACGACGCUCGAGCAGAUCGACUUCCCCGACGCCGCCGCCGCGCGGGCGCCCCGUGAUCGCCGCGGCGGCGACCUGAAGCGGCACCGCCACAUGGAACCGGAUCGGGAUCUCGCUCGCCGCGUGACGCGUUCUAUGGAGGUUGCCUUCGCCUUCCUCGAGCCGGAGCUGCGAAGGCUCAUGGAAUGGGUCGUCGGCCAGGACCCCUUGCAAGGUGUCGGCAUCCUCGCCGUGCUCGAGAGGAAGAUGACGGACAUGAGCCAGUCGAACCAGGAAUACCUCCACACGCUGCUGCAGAAGCUGUACGGCUUCCUCGAAGGCCGCUUCCGCAAGUUCAUCGACGAGCAGAUACGGGCCAUCGAGGAGACCAAGGUCAAGAUCAACAAGCGCAAGGGCGUCAUCGCCUUCAUCCGCGUCUUCCCGCCCUUCAUGACGGCCGUCGAGAACAUGUUCACGGGGCUCGACUCGACGCUGUCGCUGCGGCGGACCAUCAACGGCGAGUACGAUCGCAUCCUGAAGUCCAUGUUCGACUCGCUCAUGGUGAUCGCUCGGGAGAACCCGACGGUCGGCAUCGGCGGCGGCGCGGAUCCGGAGGACAAGGAGGCGCUGAACUUUCACAUCCUCCUCAUCGAGAACAUGAACCACUUCCUCGAGGAGACGGACACCCGCGGGCUCGACGUGCUGGAAAGGUGGAAGGAGCAGGCCGGCAGGGAGUACCACGAGCACAUGGGCCUCUACCUCAACGCCGUGAUGCGCAGGCCUCUGGGCAAACUGCUGGACCAGCUGGAGAACAUCGAGGCGCAGGUGCGGUCGGGCAAGAACCCGGCGGCGAUUGCGGUGCAGCCGUCGAACAACAAGGAGACCUUCAACAAGAUGCUGGGCAGCUACGACUCGAAGGAGGUCCGCAAGGGCGUCGAGGCGCUGCGCAAGAGAGUGGAGAAGCACUUUGGCGACGCCGACGACCCCAACUUGAGCCGCGCCUUGGUGCAGAAGGUGACGAAGGAGUGCGAGGCCUUUUACAACGAGGCGGAGAACCGGAUAGGACGGGUGACGACGGAUGUGUACGGAGGAGACGUUGCGUUCGAGUGGCCGAGGGCGGACGUCAAGCUGGCUUUCCGGUGA